AUGACAAAACGGAAGACAACCACAACGUUGCUGAGAUAUUUGCAAAACUCUGGACCGCAGGUGUCUAUGGUGGGGAACGAACCUAUUUCUAUCGAUCUUUUUGCCACAUUUCAAUAUUCGUUGGCACGGUUUCGACGGCGUUACUGUGCGAACUCGUCCGAGUAUUGUGAUUUUGACGAUCUUGUCGCGGUGAUCGCCGACGGUACGUCGAGCGGUCACGCGUCGCCGCGUGAGAGAUUCGACUAUCUGGGUUCAUUGUUCUUUUCCGGCACCGUUAUAUCCACUAUUGGAUUCGGCUCAUCAACACCAAGAACUGCGGCUGGACGAGUUCUCACGAUUCCGUAUGGUUUGGUUGGUUGUACAAGUUGUGUGCUGUUUUUCAAUUUGUUUCUUGAGCGAUUCGUAACUGCUCUGUCAUAUUUUCUUAGACACAUUCAUGAACGAAAAGUAAAACGACGGAUGAAAAAUAGCACUAUGAACAGACCCGUGACGUUAUUAAUCAACAACAAAGAUUACUGUGAAUCGGCAAGCUCUUGUGAAGGUGUAACAGAUAACUGGAGACCAUCGGUCUACAAAGUGUUCUUCUGCUUAUUCAGUAUAUCGACGUUGUUGAUUAAUUCGGCCGCACUCAUCUACUCGCAUGUGGAGGAUUGGGCCUACAUAGAAGCGCUUUAUUAUUGUUUUAUAAGUUUUGCAACAAUUGGUUUCGGCGACUACGUGUCAAAUCAUAAAGACGUCACGAAAAUGAAUGGAGAUGUGUACAGAUUUCUCAACUUUGCAUUGCUCACACUAGGUGCUUGCUGUUUCUAUUGUCUUUUCAACGUAACGUCGAUAGUAGUACGGCAAUUUUUAAAUUUUAUGAUAAAGAAAAUGGAUGUAAAAGGAAACAUUUGUUGCUUGAAGAAAAAACGACGAUAUAUGGGAUUAGGAUUACGACCACCUAAAGGUGAGGAUAUGACAGCAUCUGAGAGGUCAUCAUUAGAUUAUCAGGACGGACUACUGUCGUUGAAGGAAUUUCUGAUGAGUAAUCAAAGUUCAGUGCUUUUACUACAAAAGCAUUUAAUCAAAAGCGCACUGAAAAAUGCUGUCGAUAACGAAGAGGAAAAAAUUUCUGCAACUCGUGUUGGUCCGAUGGGUAUUCUCGAUCAAGCGUUUGGAGAUGAAAACUAA